GAUGACAGCGCCAUUAGAGGUAUCUUCCAUCCUGAAUAUGUUUUUGCACGGUCCUUUCCUGCCUUGCUCACAAGCAAAGCCUCAGGUCUCUCUGUCCAACCCAAGAAAUUUGGUCUCUAGAAAUGCCAGCCACCUGCUCACACCCAAGGCACCAUUACUCCACCCCGGUGUUCUGACAUCACCUCCCUUUCUGGCCAAUGGAUGAAGUCCCAGCAGCGAUGAGGAUGUGAAUGUCAGCUACCUCCCCCACCCCAGGGCCUGUGGUUGCAAAGAUGCUCUAACAGGAAGUGGGUUUGAGGAGCUGCACAGCUUCCUGCCCUCCUAGAGCUGCACAGGGCAAGAAGGGCUAGUGCUCAGCUUGGCCACGAGACACAGCUUCAUGCCAGGGUUCUGGUAGCUUCCUCUUCCAUAUCUACUUCCGUGUGGCCCCCGGGGGGCCCCAAGGGGCAAGCACUGCUGUCCGUUGCCCCAGCCACCCUCCACCUCCAGUUUGGAGCCCUGCCCCGCUGGGGCUGGGCCAAACCCAACUACUGACUGGGAUCCCAUGGGGCACUGGUAGGUCAAAGGUCUUAGGAGACAGAGGUUGUAGGGCCAGACUCCUGGGGCUCUGGCCAUGAAGUCUCGGCAGAAAGGAAAGAAGAAAGGCAGCUCCAAGGAACGGGUAUUUGGGUGUGACUUACGCGAGCAUCUACUGCACUCGGGCCAGGAAGUGCCCCAGGUGCUAAGAAGCUGUGCAGAGUUUGUGCAAGAGUAUGGAGUGGUGGAUGGGAUCUACCGCCUCUCAGGGGUGUCCUCUAACAUCCAGAAGCUCCGGCAGGAGUUUGAGGCAGAGCGGAAGCCAGACCUUCGCCGGGACGUUUACCUCCAGGACAUUCACUGCGUCUCCUCCUUGUGCAAGGCCUACUUCAGAGAACUACCCGAUCCCCUCCUCACUUACCGGCUCUAUGACAAAUUUGCUGAGGCAGUGGCAGUGCAGCUGGAGCCAGAACGCUUGAUCAAGAUCCUGGAUGUGCUUCAAGAGCUCCCGAUCCAAAACUACAGGACCCUGGAGUUCCUUAUGCGGCACCUGGUCCACAUGGCCUCAUUCAGUGCGCAAACCAACAUGCAUGCCCGCAAUUUGGCAAUUGUGUGGGCCCCCAACCUGCUGAGGUCUAAGGACAUCGAGGCCUCCGGCUUCAAUGGGACAGCAGCGUUCAUGGAGGUGCGAGUGCAGUCCAUUGUUGUAGAGUUCAUCCUCACCCACGUGGACCAGCUCUUUGGGGGUGACUCCCUCUCUGCUGGGGCAGAUCUGGAGAGUGGAUGGAAAGCACUUCCGGGAGCUCGGGCAUCAGGCAGCUCUGAAGACCUCAUGCCCAGGUCUCUUCCCUACCACCUGCCUAGCAUCCUGCAGGCUGGGGAUGGGCCUCCGCAGAUCCGCCCCUACCACACUAUUAUUGAGCUUGCAGAACACAAGAGAAAGGGCUCUUUGAAGGUCAGGAAAUGGCGAUCUAUCUUCAAUUUGGGUCGCUCAGGACAUGAGACGAAGCGUAAACUUCCACUGAGGGUUGAGGAUAGUGAAGAAAAAUCCAACAAGGGUAUGCUGCGGCCUGCUAAGAGCAUGGAUUCGCUGAGUGCUGUAGCUGGGGCCAAUGACGAGCCAGAGGGGCCCAGCAGUCUUCAGCCAAGCUCGCUAAUGCCUGAGAGCUUGGAGAAUAAUUCUACAGACGCAGCAGAAGGUGAACAGGAGCCUGAGGCAGAGGCGCUGGGCAGUACGAAUUCUGAGCCAGGAACUCCACGAAUCGGACAGUCAGCUUUGCGGGCUUCUGGUAGCAGUCGUGCCGAACGCUGUGCUGGGGUCCACAUCUCAGACCCUUACAAUGUCAACCUCCCGCUCCACAUAACCUCCAUCCUCAGUGUACCCCCAAACAUCAUCUCUAACGUCUCCCUGGUCAGGCUUACCCGUGGCCUUGAGUGUCCCGCCCUACAGCCCCGGUCGAGCCCUGCCUCAGGUCCUGGCCCAGGCCCAGGCCUUGGCCCUGGCCCCCCAGAUGAGAAGUCGGAGGCGAGAUCAGUCCCGGGUCCCCUGAUUGACUCAAGCCCAGCAGACAUGACUCCUGCCCUGGAGGACACCUUGUCCCAGGAGGUGCAGGAUUCCUUCUCCUUCCUCGAGGACUUGAGCAGCUCAGAGCCUGAGUGGGUAGGGGUGGAGGACAGGGACGGGGCCCAGGCAGGAGCCACAGGAGCAGCAGGAGCAGCAGCUUUCUCCCUUGGGGAGGACGACCCUGGGAUGGGCUACCUGGAGGAGCUCCUGGGAGUUGGGCCUCAGGUGGAGGAGUUCUCUGUGGAGCCACCCCUGGAUGACCUGUCUCUGGAUGAUGCACAGUACGUCCUGGCUCCUAACUGCUGUUCCCUUGAUUCUGCUGGUCCCGCACCUGAAGUGGAAGAGGAAAGUGGGGAAGAUGUCUUCUUGAGUGCUUAUGAUGAUUUGAGUCCAAUUCUGGGGCCUAAACCCACGAACUGGGAAGGUGUAGGGAGCCUGGAGGAAGAGGAAGCAAGGUGUGGGAAACCACCUCCAACACAGGCUGAAGAAGAACCGGCAUGCUGGGAAACUGGACAGGAAAAGGAAACGGAGCCCGGAAGCACAUCAGAUAACAGGGAAGAAGCAGAGGCAACGCCAGGGACUGAGAUUGAGGCUGGAAAGGCUGAUGAGGGAGGAGGGGAGGCUGAAAGAAGCCAAAAGGUUGUGGGUUGUUUUGAAGAAAGGAGUAGUGAAAAGGUGGAGGCCAAGGAAGAAAAUUCCAAAGGUCAAGAGGUUGAAAGUACGGAGGAGGCUCAGGAUAUGGAGAAACUGCGAGGAGAACAGGCUAAAGACGAGAAAGAAAGAGAGAGUGGGGAAAAAGAAGAGGCUGAGAAAGGAGGGGCCACCCCAGUAGAAUCUGAAAUGGAUCCAGAGCAUGUGGUCCAAGAAUACCUGCUUCCUGGGGAGAGCUGGGAAGGUGUGCACAAGCAAGAGGCUGAGAAAGGCAGAAAGGAUGAGAUCAAAGACCAGGGCGGGAGUAGUGACCCUGAGUCAAGAGGAGACCAAGGACAUGGUGAAGAUAGUGGAAGUCAAGAGGAUGAUGAUGGUGAUGGGAAAGAAGAGCAAGUCAGCAAGGAACAAAGACGUGUAGACGUAGACACCAAAGGCAAGAGAGCUGUUGGUGACCACUUAUUAGAGGGGGCCCUCUCUGAAGGGCCAGGGGUCGAGGUUCUGGAGGUUGACAGUUCAGAAGUCAACGACCAGACUUCUGAGGUGGAACCAGCGCCCCCACAGCCAUCGGAACCAGAGGGGAUGGAGGCUGAGGGACAGCUCAGUCUCGAGGCAUGUGACCUGUAUUCUUGUCCCUGUGGUUCAGCGGGUGGUGUGGGCAUGCGUCUGGCUUCCACCGUUGUUCAGGUCCGACAGGCCCGCUCUGUUCCCGUAGUGCCCCCCAAACCACAGUUUGCCAAGAUGCCCAGUGCAAUGUGUAGCAAGAUCCACAUAGCACCUGCAAGCCCAUGUCCGAGGCCUGGUAGGCUUGAUGGGACUCCUGGAGAGAGGGCUUGGGCUUCUCGCGCUUCCUGGAGGAAUGGCGGAAGUCUUUCCUUCGAUGCUGCUGUGGCCCUGGCCCGUGAACGCCAGAGGACUGAGGCUGGGGCGGUCCGGCGGACCCAGACCUGUACCGGAAGUGGGGACUAUAGCCUCAACUCCAGAACCUCUCCUUGUAGCACGAUUCCUCCCCAUUCUUCCCGACCCCUGAGUUGUCUGGAACUCCCCUCGCCAGAAGGCACAGAAGGGUCUGAGCCCAGGAGCCGGCUUAGUCUGCCCCCAAGAGAGGUUCAACCCGCCGCUGCAGCUCUUGUGGCCCCUCAGCGCCAGACAUACGCAUUUGAAACACAGACUAAUCGUGGGAAAGACAAAGGACUGUGA